GUUCCAUAAACAGCUUUCAUUGUUGAGACUUGAGAACUCGGGAUUUCUGUUUCAAGGAUGUGAGAUUUAGAUGCUUUUGUAUCAAUCAUUCCUAAGAAUUCUUUUGUUUCUUCGUUUUUGAAGGUGAUUGAACACAGUAUGCUGAGUAGGGUGUUUUAAUGCACCAGGAGUACAGUGUGCUUGAUUACGAAGAGAAAGUGGUUGGUGGUUUCUAUGAUGUGUAUGGGCCUUCCACAAAUUCAGCACUCGAAGGAAAAUUGCCAUCUCUUGCAGAUCUUGAGACAAAUGUUGGGAAUUAUGGCUUUGAAGUUGUGAUUGUCAAUCGAACAAUUGACCCUGUCUUAGAAGAGUUGGUGCAAAUUGCGCAUUGUACUGCAUUAGAUUGCCCUGCUAGUAAUGUUAGUGUUUUAGUCCAAAAGUUUGCCGAAUUUGUUACAGGCCAUAUUGGUGGACCUGUUAAGGAUGCUACUAUAAUGUUGGCAAGGUGGAUAGAAAGGAGCACAGAGUUGAGAACAUCUCUUCAUACAAGUUUGUGGCCUAUUGGGUCCAUUAAUUUAGGAUUGUGAUGAGUUAAAUUUAUAUACAUAUUAAUAGGGAAUUUUUACUUUAAUAUUAUUGAUAUUUGGAUGAGCUUUAUGGGAUUUUCUUUGAUUUUACAUGGUUUUUAUUUUGUGUAGGAAAGGAUUUAAUUGGAAGAAAUCCUACUUUUUAGA